GCAGCUCGCGUGGGGACCAUUCUCACCCCGAAGCUGCCCCGGACAUGGAGCUCACCCGUCCGUCUUUGUCUCCCCUGCUGCUACUGCUGCUGCUGCUGGCGAGUGGCUGCCUGGUUCUGUGUUCCCCGCCGCCGCCGCUACCCCUUGUCGUGAACACGUGGCCGUUCCGACAGACUGCACGGCGAGCGUGGAGUGAGCUGAAGGCAGGUGGAUCUGCAGUGGACGCCGUGGAGGCCGGCUGCCUCCAGUGCCAGCUGGACCGCUGCGACGGCUCCGUGGGAUACGGGGGCAGCCCUGACGAGCGGGGGGAGACCACUCUGGACGCUAUGAUCAUGAACGGCGAUACCUUCGAUGUGGGUGCCGUUGCCGACCUGCGUCGAGUGAAGGAUGCCAUCGGCGUAGCCAGGGCCGUCAUGGAGCACAGCGAGCACACUCUGCUGGUGGGGGAAUCCGCAUCGAAGUUUGCUUUGGAAAUGGGCUUUCCUGAAGAAGACCUCAGCACAAACUCAUCCAGGGAACUCUACGAGAAGUGGAGGCGAAACUCAUGCCAGCCAAACUAUCGCAAGAAUGUAACACCGGACCCAGACAAGUCUUGUGGCCCCUACAAACCAAUCACCUCUUCUACGCAGACCUGGUCAAGUCCCAUCGGCAUUGACAAUCACGACACGAUUGGCGUCGUGGUGAUCGACUCGCAGGGCCGAGUAUCUGCGGGGACCUCCACCAACGGGGCAACUCACAAGAUCCCUGGCCGCGUUGGGGAUUCUCCUAUACCUGGGGCCGGCGCCUACGCAGCAGGGAGCGUGGGAGGGGCAUCGGCCACGGGCGACGGUGACGUCAUGAUGAGGUUCCUGCCAAGUUAUCAGGCAGUGGAGAGCAUGAGGAGGGGCAUGGACCCCACGCUUGCUUGCGAAGACGCCAUCCGGAGGAUCAAGAAGUUUUUUCCAAGCUUCUUUGGAGCCAUUAUCUGUGCCAACAUCACUGGAGGCUUUGGGGCAGCAUGCAACCGGGCUCCCGGUCUUGACCAGUUCCACUACACGGUCUUCAACUCUGCCGUGGGCCAGGCUACAGACUAUACCGCCAAUUGUUUAUAAACCUAGAUGAUGGAGCGUUUUACACGCUUUUAAAAGGCUUCGCAGAGGUGGUUGGGGGAACCGGGAGACUGAUACCAUGCUAGACCCGUGACACACUUGAGAUCUUGGGUGGAACCUGGAUUCAGGCCACGAGUGAUUGUGAGGGUACGUGCGAUGGAGGAAGACCAGGUUAUGCGGGUUUUACAUUCUGGAGGAUUAUGAGUUUAUGGUCUCGGCGUGGUGUGCAUUGACCACACACAAAAUACAAAAAAACACAUGGGGUGUUUCACUUAAUUUGGCUGAUUCCAACUUUUAGAAUUAAAUAUAUCAGUUUUAUUAUUGUGCGAUGAACAAACAAUUGUUACGAUCUUUCCAGCUCAUAAAAGAUGUGUGCCCUAGUGGAGUAGUUCUCAGCCUCCUGGUAUGGCAGCGCCCCAAUCAAGACCACUGGUCCCCGUGCCAACCUGCUGAUUGGCCAAAAGACAUCAAAGGUUACCAACAAUGCGGUGUUGGAGAUUAUUUCAUGUCGUGUGCUUUGUUGCGCAAAGUGGCGCUUGCAUUCCUCGUACACAUGACAUUUUCCCUGCACAUUGUCCAUGUCACAGGUUCACCUUAACCCCCCCCCCCACCCUCUUUAAACUUCCAUGGGGCGUCACCGAUAGGUUGAGAACCGCUGCUCUAGUUUAAAGAUGUCCUGUUGAAGGAGCUUCAGAAGUUGUUCUGUGAUCUCAUCCUCUGGGCUAUUCUUUCAUGUGGUGCAAUGCAAUCUACGGUUUGGAAUGGAAAUGUUUGUCUCAUGAUAUGACACUGAUAGCACAAUUGUAAUUGGUUAAAAAAAAAACUUAGAUUUUACAAAAUGUUUACAAUUAGUUUUUCAUCCAUAAAUCGAGUUUAAUUCAAUCUUACGAAUUAAUUUUUCAAGGCAAUGAUUAACGAAGAGCCUGAAUCGAUGGAUGGCCAUUUGUGUCCAUAGUUUGAGGUUUUCUGUGAAUUCUCAUGGAUCUAUACAUUCCAGAAUCGUUGAUCAGUCUGUGACACAAGUAAUCUUAAGCAGCAGGAUCAUGAAUUCCAAACUUUUUUUUUAAUUAUUAAAAGAUAUACAUACAUAUAAGGAUGUACAUAAAUGGAUAUAAAGCAGGCAACCACAACAUUUCCAAGAAAGACUGCUAUGGGAAACGGCAAUUGAUCAAAUACCUCGUAGCGUACACUUACUCAUUUAGUUUAACUCGUAGGCUUUAACACCGACUCGCUUACAUUUUUAAUACUGUUGAGAUAAAAGUAUUCUAGCUAGGUGGUGCGUUGUGGGACCAAAUCGAGUUUAAACCACUUAGGAAUGGCCAUUGCAGUAACAUAGAAAUGUCAUCGUCAGAUUUGUCUAGAGUCGAGGAGGGGAAUAACAAUUUGCAAUCAACACGGAUGUUGGGAAAUUGCAUCUUGGUUCUGACACUGCAGGUCGUUUGUUUCUUAAAGGUUAACUGUCGUUUAAAUUAGAUUUAACAUGCAAUUAAUUCCUGGGUUAGGCUACGCAAUUAUGGGACCGAAUCUGUGUUGUAAGGCCCUCCGGCACACAACAGAGGCACACAUUAAAAUGUCACUUGCACAGGCAUUUAAUGUGCACAUUGUUUCAGCUCACCGUUAUGUUAAAAGAGCAAUUCUCACGAGCACAUUUAGCAAUUAGAUACGUGAUGUUUCGCUGCAAACUAAACCAAGAAUGUUCGUCAGAAUAAUCAGGAAGUCGAAAUAAAAUCCAGCAAGUCAGAAGAAAACAUCGUGUCAACAUGAAACUAUCACAAUUAAACAUUCUGAAGUUUGUUAAAUGAUUGUAAACAUUUCAUUUGUUUGGCUAUGUCGGGUGGUAGAAGGUCUUACAAUACAUUUGGCCUCACCCAAACAUCAACUAUGAAUUAUAGUUGCUGCAAAAACAUAGGCGUUAAGGUUUAUUGUAAAUUGCCAAAUACCACUCCUUAUGUUCAUGUUGUGAUAUAAACUAUUCCGGUGGGUUUUAUGGUGGUGUUGAUGGGGAUGAUUGUUCAUAGUGUUAUGACAUAAAUUGUGAUCUCAAAGUUUUAUGAGCAGAGGCAAUUAUGGACAUGUGUUCUUUCUAACUCUGUAAUGUCCAGUGAGACUUUUUGCAAGGGAUAUCUGGGAAGAAUGCAUAGGGAAAUGACUGCACAGGUUGUGUGUAAAAAAAAAUACUGUACAAGAAACGACAAAGGUCAAUGCGCCCAGCUUAUAUAUAUGCUCCAAGCUCGUGUGCUGUUUCAUUCAGACUCUGUCGCCUCGACGGACCUGGUUUUCACCUGAGGACGGCUGCUUGCGUUGUGGCCGAAACGUCGUGAGAAUUGUUUUAUUAUGUUUUAUUUUUAUUAUUUUAUUACUUCCCUUCUACGUGACUUUACCGAAAGAACCAAGAAGAUGAAUCCCUGCAGUCACGAAAGCUUUAAAUCGAGGUUUUGUAUGUCCAGGUCCAUGUGCUGAAAACCGAACACAAUAUGAAGAUACUGUCAUUGUACACGCAAACUGUGCAAAAAGAAAGUGCUGUAAAUGAUUAUGAAUAAUUUAAAAUGAAUUAUACCUUUAA